CGAAUUUCCUUUCGUGCAUUUUAAAAUUUGAAUUCCUCCACCCGCUAUUCCUUCAGUACGUUUAAAUUAUUUUUCGCGCUCGAUUCCCCCGUUAUCAUUUCAAUUACCUUCCCGCCCAAUCUUGUAUUGCGAUGCCCUUCCCGCGCUGUUUACCUUCUGGGUUGGCCUGCUACUCCCGCCUCCCGGCGCAUUUCAAUCGACGUGUGUACUUGCCGCGCAGAACACGAUGCGCCGCCCAGUGCAGAUCCCCUGCCCACGCUUUGGUCUGCCUAAGGCGAGGCUACGAAAAGCAAUGUUUUCGGAAGGGACCACGCCUUUCGCUCUUCCCGAUUAACGACGGAGAUGGAGAAGGUCGAUGCCCUUCACGGGUGCUUAGGUGGGCAGUUAAGGAUGGCGCUCGUCAUCAUACGGAGGUGAAGUGGAACCUAGCACAGCUGCCACGGGAGCGGAUUCGCCCGCUUAGGUCAAUUCAGACGUGUCCUGGUGCACUCAUUGAAGAGGAGAAGAGGAAGAGAAGGGAAGCUGAAGCUUACAGGAAGCGUGAGAUUGAAAGAAGAAUGAAACCGCGGACUCGUGAAGAUUUCGAAAUUCUGUACAGUGAAUUAGAGGCUUGGAGGCUUCAGGAAACAAGGCGCAUAAAGGAAAGCACGCUCUCCGAAGAGGAAAAGCAACUGCUUCUCAGGCAGCUUCUGCACAAGGAGACAAAACUGCUGCAAACAAUAGAUCGCUUGAAAAUAACAGCGAGCAAGGCGAACCGGGCAGAUCGGAUAGAGGAAAAAAUGCAGGCGAUGGCAGCACCAAAGAAAUGGCCAGUGAGGAAGGGUGAUUUUGUUGAUGUACAGACACCCACAACAAUACGAGCCAGUGAGCUCAUGCAGCUUUACCAUGGGCUGCUUGCGAAAGGAUUGGGUAUGGACGAGCGGCUGGAUGUUCUAUUGCAUGUGAAGUGGACGGUCAAGGAGUUUGACUGUGAAUUGACGCAGGAGAUUAUCUCUCUCGUCGAUCGUGAGGCAGAUCUACUUAAUCGUGGGCGCUCAAUGAAAGCCCUGGAAGGAAUGCGGAAGCGAAUUGCAUUUCUUUUCCUCCAGUUCAUGGAAAUCCCCGAGUUCAAUCCUGAGGCUGCUGCCUACGAGAUUAUCAUACCGGAUGAUACGGUGCAAGAUUGCGAAAAGACAUGAAGACAGUUCCAAGCUGUCGGACUGAAUCCCUCUGGAAGCCAAGAGGAAAGACUUUGGAUGUAGUUGUGAGCGACUUUGCAAGCUCUGCAG